AUGUCUCAUAAAGUGUUAGCAUAUUCUGAAUCGGUACUCAUAAAUGUUUUACAGCUAAAUUUUGCCCAAGCAAAAACUAUUCAAGUUGCUUAUAAAUAUAUUGGUUCAGAGAGACGUGAAAAAAGUCAAUCACCUCAACGUAUAAAACGUGUUAAUUCAGAUGAAUUUCCAUUAAAACAAUUCAAUUCAAAUGGAAUAGAACAUUUACCUCAAUUAAUAAUUGGUUCAACACAAUUACCUAAUCAACGUCAACGUAAAAUUCCAUUAAAUCAAUCAAAUUCUAAAUUAAUUAAUGAACAUAUAUCAGUUAAAUCGAAUGGUUAUGCUGUAAUUGUUGUACCAAAUACUGGAACAAUAGAACAAGAAACUCCAGAGCUGAAAACAGAAAAUGGUUGGAUUGCUGAAAGGUUGAACAAUGAAUUAAAUGAAGAUUCAUCUCCAACUGAUAAAGAGAAGCAUAGUUCAACUUAUCCAAGUCCAGCUACAAAUGAUAAUGAUGAAGGAGAAGAGGAAAUAGAACUAGUUACAACAGAACAAACUUCACCAGAUGUGAAUAUUACAGUAGAUGAUAUUUCCAACUAG